AUGUCGUCCAAUCCACGCAGAACGCCGGUGACUCGAUCCGGUUCGAGGGGCCUGAGCAUUAAGACCAAUGUGGUCCUCAAGAAGGGUGCGACCUUCCACUCCCCGACUACUCCGCUCGAGUCUCCCGAACCAGUCUUCACUCCGCCUUCGCUACCUCGUCGGUCACACACCAACCUGGACGAUGUCAUCGAUGCUCAUCGCCGUCGCGUUGCUUUGACCCUCGGCGAUAUCGACAAGACACUUGCUGGCCUUCGCAACGACGACGCGCCCCUCUCUCCCGGCCGCAAGACCCUCCGGGACGAGAUUCUCCCGCUGCCGCGAGGCGUCCUUGACCACACCCUCGACUCGGUUAUGGUCAAGGAGCAGCCGGCCGAGCGCCGGAUGCUCCGCCCUCGUACUCGCCGAUCGUCUCGUUUCCAUGAAUCCGAUAGCGGGUUGGGAACCUCGAUUGCUUCUACCAAUGACAAGGACGCCGUCGCCAAGAAGGACAAGGCUGGCCGGACAACGGCGGUUACCAGGUCGGCUGCAGCCCGUUCUGCCACCGCGGCGAGCGCCGUCGGCCUCAGCCCUCGGGCCACGAGCCGCAUCUACGCGCACACUCUCAAGCCCCUUCUCGCCAAUUCCGGUUUGAAGGAUUUCCACCCGCUUCUUCUCGAGUGCCCGAGGAAGAUCCAAGAGAGGCAGAUUGUUUGCCUGAGGGAUCUCGAAAAGACCUUGCUUCUUGUUGCUCCAGAAAGGACCAAGUCCUCCGAACUGUACCUGGACUUUUGCCUCACCACCAUUCGGUGCAUCCAGGCCACCGUUGAGUACCUGAGCGACCGGGAACAAACCCGCCCCCGGGACGUCCCGUACACAAGCGGAUAUUUCGUCGACCUUGUCGAUCAAAUACGGAACUACGCCCAGCAACUUGCUGACGCUAAGGAGAACCAGGACGAGAUGGAUGUUGACCCGUAUGGCUCUCUUAUCCCUUCUGAUCUAGCCCGCCUUGCUGACUUAGCCUCCAGCACCGACGAGAUCAAGCUCCACGGAGGCAUCCACAUCAACGGACGGCCCGCCGAACUUGUUCGCGUUAAGAAGAACGGCAAGAUGAUCUCGAUGGCGACUGGUCAGCCCAUUGAUAAGAUCGACGAGGAAGCCGACGGCACUGUGCGGUUCAAGCGCUCCGCCAGUCAGGAGCUCGAGGAUGAAGAGGAGAUCAUGCGCUCUAUGGCUAGGCGCAAGAAGAAUGCUAGCCCCGAGGAGCUUGCGCCGAAGAAGUGUCGCGAGCCCGGUUGCAACAAGGAGUUCAAGCGCCCUUGCGACCUCACGAAGCACGAGAAGACACAUUCGCGCCCUUGGAAAUGCCCUGUUCCCACCUGCAAGUACCACGAGUAUGGGUGGCCAACCGAAAAGGAGAUGGACCGCCACAACAACGACAAGCACUCGGCUAGCCCGCCCAUGUACGAGUGCCUCUUCAAGCCGUGCCCGUACAAGUCGAAACGCGAGUCCAACUGCAAGCAACACAUGGAAAAGGCCCACGGCUGGGUUUAUGUCCGCACCAAGACCAACGGCAAGAAGGACUCCAGCGUGAACGGCAACUCGGCUCACCCCACUCCGCAGCUCCAGAACAUUCCCACCCCGUCCAGCGAGCACAGCAUGGGAGUUGCUACCCCCCCAGACACCUGGGGCCCAGUUUACCCCGGCAGCAGUCUCGAUUUCCCCGCCUACAUGCCCAAUGACGCGGACUUCGGCUUGAUCCCCCACCCCCAGGAGCUAUCCCUUGACUACUCGCCCGUUGACAACCCGACUCCGUCGACGGAUUCUGGGAUGGACCACACUUCGGCAUACCAAGACAUCGGGACAGACUUCUCCAUGUAUGACGACAUCUACAAUGCCCGUGUGCAGCUGCCCACUCCUCCCCCCCUCCUCACCAACGCCUACUCCAAGGAGGUGGCCCACCAAUUUAUGUCAUACACUGCCGCCGAGCUCUGCCAGCCCUCAGCCUGCGCAGCUCUCGCCGAUCGGCCAGGGGAAUACCAUGCUCUACACUCCCAACUCUCUUGCUGA